GUUGUCUCCUUGCGCUGGUUCCACCCAUGAGAGAUUCGAACUCUACAACACGAAGCCAUGGUGGAAAGCUCUGCCGAGGAGUUCGGCAUAGACGCUGCUGAGGUUCCACUUCCUUGCCACAGCGUCUUCGACCACGGUGCUGGAUUGCGCGAGGUCUCCAUCAUUAAAGCCAUCGAGGAGUAUCUGGCCUACCACCACCUGGCGGAGCCUCUCACAGCUUUCCAACGAGAAGUUGCAAGUUCUGGGCUUCUCCGCAAUCCAAGCAGCGUGUGGCUGCAAGUGGCUCGCGAUGUUGAGGAGGUGCUUGGGACUUUCGAUGCUGGUGAUCGAGAUGCAUUCAGGGAUGCCUGGCAGCGAGUCAUCCCUGCAGAGCGGCAAGCUGCUCCAGAAGGGCGCGCCCUGGAGCUUCGACUGCAGGCAUACUUCGCUACCUACAGCAUCCGGCAGGUCUUGCAGGACGGGCACGAGCCAGAAGAGCAGCAACUGCAGGCCUUGGACACCUUUCGGGAUUUCCUAAGCGAACGUGGCAAGGACGAGGUUGGUGGCAACGAAACUUUAAUGCCACUGUUUGCACUUCCAUUUGUCCAGCACCCACACAAGCAUCCGGAUGUGCGGCAGGUGUUUUCACAGGAUUGGCUUCAAGAUCUUCGCAAGGAUGUGGAGGCUGAACUUCGGCUUCAACAGCCACCUAUUCCCUUGGUGUAUAAUCUACUGGAGAAGUCUCCUACUGCAGCGAAUUCCAAACGCUCGUGGCAGUCCGUUUGGGCGGAGCUACUGCGCUUGGCGGAUGGGGGGCUUGACACCAUGGCACUGUUGGCACAAGGAGUUCCGGUUGCACCAUCGGCUCUAACCAACGCCAGACAGCAGCUGGAGCUGCUUCGAGAGCAUGUGCCUGGAGGUCUCGGGCUUCAACUGAAAUCCAGAGAAAGCCGGCUGGGUCCCAUGAGCCCUGCCAGAAGUGUUCGGUCCAGAGCUGCUACUGCUAUAAGUCCAGAGCUGCCCCAGAUAGACUUUUCUGCCCUCCGUCGUUUUAUUUGUGCCACCCCACAGGAGCGUUCAGAAGCCUUUGGCAACGCAUCAACGUUGCCUUCAGUCUUGCGAGCAGUCUUGCACAGGCUCACUUCUGCCGAGUCUCGAUUGCCUUUGCGACGUGGCUUUUUAGUGGCGGUAUUUUGCUUCGACGUUUUGGGUGUCCGCUGUCGCCCCACUGCAUUGCCUGCCUUGUUGGACGACUCGGAGGUCUCUGAGCUGACGCUUGGCAUCCUGGCAGCCCUUGCUUGCGAGGCGGGAGGCCGCAGCUACAUUGUGUCCAGCGAUGCCAGUCUCCAGAGGAUGAUUCACCUGCUGAAGUCGAAACCAUUGGAUUCCUCAGUGCACAUCCAAGUCCUGGCGGCUAUGCAGCGUUUGUCCUUGAGACGGAGCGCCCAGGACAGGAUGAUUGAGAUGGGGUUGGUUGAAUGGGCAGUGUAUGUGUUGGGUUCGCCCACUGGAGAGGGGCAUGGAAUGCCAUCAGAGUUCUCCUUAGAGUUUGGCUCUGCCAUGCUCAUGAAUCUCGCCUUGCGGUCUGCGGGAAAGCGACGCUGCUUGGAACAAGACAUGCUGCCUGUGGCGAUGAAGCUUAUGGAGCACUGGAACCCGCAGAUCAGGACCCACAUCAACGGGACGCUUUACUCCUUGCUGUCUCUGCAAAGCUUCAGAGAUUCUGCACAGCGUGCUGGCUUGGAAGCGAUGCUGCGUUCCAUCCACUCCCAGGCAAACAGCCUUGGAGAUGACAUCUCUGUAAGGCAGAUUGAAUAUUUGCUGGAAGAGCUAAACCCCGAGGAGGAAUCACCAACCAGUGCCGGAGGUGAAAGUGGAGAAGAUGAUGAAGACGACGAUGAGAAUUUCCUUGAGGAGGAAGAAUUGGCUGGUCUACUUUUGGGCGACCGCAGUGGCCACUCUGCAGAGGAAGCCUUACAACCCUUUGCAGCAACAACUAGUGCUGUCUUGGAGGCGCAACAAUGGGAAUUCCAGAAGUGCCUGGGGAGGAACUACAUGCAGUCCCUUUGAGUCAGCCAAACCACCCGCGUGGUGAUGCCGGUUGCAAUGCCAACCUUUGUCCAGCAAAAAAGGUGAAACACUC